AUGAAACAAGUCCCCAAGAUCUACAAGAUUCUGUCUUGGCAGCGUGCUCAGAAAAGGAGAGAGACUUUAGGGAGAGAGCUGAAGCUAUGCUGGCUCGUGCAAGUAGCUGGGCUCGGAUGCAUGUGGGGACUGGAGCCAGUGGAAGGCGAUGGAGGUAGAAGAGGCGUCGUCGGCGAGAAAGAGAGGUACGGAGAGGGAGAGAGAGAGAGAGAAAGAGAGAACGGAAUAGAGAGGGAGAGAUGGAGAUGGGGAGAGAUGGGGAGGACGACGACUUGGAGAGGUGGCGACGGCUUGAUUCCGUCUUGGACAUGCGUCAAUUUUUCUGAGACAGAGAGAGGGUGA